CAACGUUUCUUGCGCGAGACCGCGCGUAUGUACGCCGCGCGUGCGCGCACUUCUGCGCAUGCGCGUUUCAGCUUCACGCCUCAACUUCUCAUAGCGUUUUACAGUGGGAUUAGACAGCAAACAAAUCGUGCGUUCGCAAAUAUCAAGAAUUAAAACGAAGUCAUGGGCAAGUCAAUUUUCUCUUUGCCAAAACAAAAAAGCGAGGGCCAGGAGAAACUGACACCUGAUGAUCCUGACUCUGAAUCAGUAGCGGAUAAGAAUGAUAUAUCGCAGUUCCCUUAUGUUGAGUUCACAGGCAAGGACAGUGUCACCUGUCCCACUUGUCAAGGAACAGGAAGAAUACCAAGAGAACAAGAAAAUCAGCUUGUUGCCUUGAUACCAUACAGUGACCAAAGACUGAGGCCAAGACGAACUAAGCUGUACGUGAGCUUGUCAGUGGUGCUUUGUCUCCUGCUUUCUGGCCUGGCUGUGUUUUUCCUCUUCCCCCGCACCAUUGAUGUUGCCUAUGUCGGUGUGAAAUCUACAUAUGUCCAGUUUGAUACAGAGCAACGCAUCGUCUAUCUCAACAUUACAAACACACUGAACAUUACUAAUAACAACUACUAUCCGGUACAAGUGGCAAACAUCACAGCGCAGGUGCAGUUCUAUAAAACAGUGAUCGGAAAGUCACUUGUGAGCAAUUUGACAAGCGUAAUGCCCCUGGAUAUGCAGCAGGUCGAUUUCUCUGUUUUCACAGUCAUAGCCAAUGAGAUGAGCUACAUUUAUGACUUUUGUACCAUGCAGUCCAUAAAAGUGCACAACAUUGUGGUCAUCAUGCAGAUGACUGUCACCACUGUGUACUUUGGCCACGCUGAACAGGUCUCUCAGGAGAGUUACCUGUACGUGGACUGCGGCUCAAACACCACCAGUCUCAACGGACACAUGACAGUGAUACAGUGACACUUUAGACCUUGAAACCCAGCUGCAGCAUGCACUGUGGCCACACUGGAGGAUAUCAGCGAGUCUCCCUGAUAAGUUUUAUGUGCUGUGCAUGGUCAUGUCAGGAAGAUGGCAAAGCUUCAGCCAGAAUGUUCUCAGACUCGUUUAUGGAUGACUUUUGUAGAUAGAUGUACUUUAGAAGGAAUUGUUUUGACAUACGACUGCAGUGAUUUUCUGGUCCACUGUGGUCUCACGUCUGUGAAUACCUCCGUUUGUCCAGGAAGAGUUUGAGAUGUAAAAGGAACACACCACACGUUAGCAUCAAUUACUUCUUAUUGACUGCAGUCACAUAAAGCUAGGUUCUAUAGGUUUUAUGAACCACUAACAUUUUUUCCUUUCACUAUUUAUAAUUUUUACAUACAGAGCAGUAAGAAUGGAGAGAAAAUUAUUUGCUGGAUAGACAUUCGUGUCUAGACAGAGACUUCUUAUGAAAACUAAGCUGCCUUUUUAUACAUUUUACAAAUAUUUGUUUAAUGGGAAAAUGGGAAAUUUAAAAUUCAGUGUCAUCAGUGAUAUGGGGGCGGCGGCUAUUCGAUACACCAACCAGAUGUAAAAUGAUACAAAAAAUUCUGCUGAGGUACCGUAAAUACUAUUACUGGAAAUGUGCAACAUGCUAAAUUGUUAUGUGAAGCUGGGAUGUUUUGAUUUUUUUUAAUAAUCAGUAAGGCUAUUUUUUAUUUUACCACUAUAAAAGAAAUCUAAGAAAAACACCGAACAGCUUGACAAAUCUGACAAAGGAUCCUUAUUUCAACCAACAUUUAAUUUUUUUUGAGAUGUCAUUUUGCUUUUUUCUGUUUUAAUUGAUGUAAAAUUAUAAGAAUGUUCUAGUGAAGAAAUUGAUUGUUCAAUUUCCAUGCUCAGAUUAUUUGACUGUUUACUUUCUAUUCAGAGUUUGCAAACUGCAGAAUAAUUAUAUUUCAGAAAAACAAUUAUAUCUCAGUCUAUAGUUUGAUUAUAUUAACAAUUAUUUAAAGCUGUUUAUUUUUCCUGCUCUCCAUUUUUGUUGUGAUUAAUCUCCAUGGAUACAGCAUUGCCAGACAUGAAUAUUAAUAGGCAUUGCACAGAAUUGAGAUGUGAUUAAGACAGCAUUGCAGGGGUAAACUGGACGGGAUGGAAUAAAAAUCAGAAACGCUUUA